CACCACAUUUAUCAAAAUUUCCAUCUUCAGGCUGACUGGUGUGAUGUCUAUGGAUGACUUUAAUGAAUUGUUUACAAACAAAGGCUCCAGUUUCAAAAGACUGGAUAAAUACAGUGACAGAGACACUAUUUCUAAAAGUCUAUUGGCAGUUUGAAAGAUGAAUCUGUUUUUGGGAGAAACAUCCACAGAGAUGCUAGUGCUACUGCAAACUUUACGGGGCGUUAGACAGUGUGCGACAUCCACCACAAUGGCUCAACAAGUUUCAGAGCUGUCUGUCCCUGUCCCAUGGGGAGAGAUCAGAGGGAGAGUCUGGGGUCCUGAUCACGGUCGUCCUGUGCUGUGCCUGCACGGCUGGGCUGAUAACUGUGGUGCAUUCAACACCCUCAUCCCGCUUUUACCUAAUGAGUGCAGAUAUGUGGCGUUGGACCUGGCAGGUCACGGUCGGUCAUCACAUCGUCCUCCUGGAGAUUUCUACUCUUUUCCCUCGUACGUGGCGGACGUACGAAGAGUUGUCGAUGCUCUGCAGCUGAAGAAAUUCUCCAUCAUAGGCCACAGCAUGGGUGGUGACAUUGCUGGGAUGUUCAGUGCACUGUAUCCGGAGAUGGUGGAAGCUCUCGUGAUUCUGGACGCUUACGGAUUCCUUCCAACAGACUCAAAAGAACUUUCCAAAGUGAUGAGGCAGGGGAUGGAUGAGAUGCUACAGUUUGAAAAAAAGACAGAGGAGAAACAAAGAGUUUACACUUACGAGAAGGCAGCUGAGAGGUUGUUGGCUGCAAACCCGACUCUGUCUGAACAGUCAGUGCACAUCCUUUUAGAGCGAGGUCUAGUUCAAGUUGAAGGAGGAUUUGUGUUCUCCAGAGACCUCAGAGUUAAUUUUAAAUACAUUUUGCGAAACAGUUUGGAGCAGAGUCUGGAGAUGCAGUCAAAGAUUCAAGCCUCUGUUCUUGUUGUUCUAGCAGAAAAUGGCCUUGAUAGAAUGUUUUCUGAGCCAUCUCAAAGAAAAUUUAGCCCAACGCUUCUCCAACACUUACAGGACCGAAACCACACGGUGGCAAAGGUCGCAGGCGAUCAUCACGUUCAUCUGGAUAAGCCUGAAGUCGUCGCUCCGCUUGUGUCUGACUUCCUGCGAACCAAAGUGUUGUCCCAGCCUAACAUCAGAGGGCACAAGUUAUAAGAUACAAACACACUCACACUGUCACACUGGAGACACAUUGUUCUGUUGAACAAACUGUUUGUGUUUACAUGAACAAUAGUGUGAAAAUGUGAUCUAUAAUGUGAUGUAAUUCUUGUUGAAGCAAGUUUAUGGGGGGGCUUACUUCUGCACAUACAUAUCAGCCUUAACUUUUUCCUUUCCUUUUUAAUCUGUGGGUCCCACUUUUUAUUGUGAGUUCACCACAGCAGCAACACAGUUUUGUGGGAGAUAACGGUUUUUAAAGAAGUUCCGUUUGAUUGAUUUUAUUUGAAAAACCACAGCACACAAAUGUGCACACCGUACUAAAUUCAACAGGAUAACACUAUAAAGUCACAUCACUCAUUUCCAUAGCAGUCCUAAAGUCUAAGUCAGGAGGCAGGCAGGAAUAGUGACUGACAUGUAUACUUUACUAAUAUACUAUUUUACAUCAAUGCACUUAAUAAAAAACAAAAAAAAAACAUUGUGUCAUUAAAAAACAACAUUUAUUCCACUACCCUGGUUAAUUUAUUUGCUCUGUCAGCACUGUUGCCGUUGUUAAGCACUGUUUAUCUCUUGUCGUCUGCAGUCGUUUUCUUCUUGAAUGACUCUUUUGACUACCUCUCAGAAUGUCUGUCACAUAUUUUUAUCCACCGUGGUCUUGCUGGCAGUGUUAGUU